UCUUAUCUCGAGCUAGAUAUGAAAAAGCUUAAUCCUAAAGAUACUCCAAACCUUAUUAUUAGUCCCGAAAGCAUUCAUAAACUCGGAGCGACCGGCUAUGAUGUGAUUAUACUGGAUGAAUUUGAAACAAUUACGCAGAAUUUUAGCGGACCGACUAUGAAAAAACCAAAGUUAAGCCAUGACGUUUAUAAAUCGUUACUUCAAUCUGCUCUGAUUAUAUUGGCUUUAGAUGCUACAUUAGAUUCGGAUUCGCUUGUACAUUUACAGAAUCUCUCGAAAAUAGAUUCCGAUAAUUCAACCGUGAUAUGGAACAAACAUAUAAGAGAUACUCGCAAAGCUCUUAUACAUAUAAAUAACAAAAAAUGGAACGCUGAAUUAAUUGGAGCUCUCAGGCAGGGGUUAAAAGUCUAUAUUCCAAUGUUUGCCAGUGCAGAAAUGGCAGAAGCCCUUCAUAAAGAAUUGACAUCUCAUGGAUAUCAAGGUAAAUGUUUUUCCAAACGCCUAUCAGAAACAGAGAAAAAGGAAAUAUUUGCUGAUGUCAACGAUGCAGUGGCAAAUCUCGAUUAUUUAAUAGCAACUCCAGUCAUGACUUGCGGUGUAAGUAUAACAAUAGAAAACUUCGAUAUGACGUUUGCUCAUUUCCGUACAUUGGCUGGUUUGACGUACAAUGAAGCGUAUCAGAUGUUGCAUCGCGUUCGAAGGCUGAAUUGCAAUGUAGUACAUGUUCUAACGGAUUUACGUGGCGAUAAUUUGCCGACAGACCGUGAAGAUUUACUUCGUUUUAUCGGCUAUCGAUGUAAUGUCCCGGAAUAUCCUGACUUAGAGGAGGCUCAUUGUGAUAAAACACUUACUCCUGAUGGCAAGUGGAUUUUUAAACCAAACGCAUCUUUAGAAACUCAUCUCUACAAUGCAUCCCGCCGCAAUACGUCUAGAAACGAUUUUGUAGGUUUAUUAGCUGACCGUCUUAGUGAAUGCGGUUAUGACAUUAGUAUUGCUGAAGAUUGUCCCUCCAUUGAUUCUACACUCACGAUAGACAAGGAGGGCAAAGACUUGCUUAAGAAUAUACGUGUUAUUAAAAAAACUCUGGAUAUGGAAAAAUUUUCGUCAAUUGCAAAUGCUCGGGUUCUGGAUGAAAUAGAAGCUUUACACAUUCUCGAACGUUUAGAAAGAGAGGAGGAUAUAGACCCAGCUCAUAGGCUUGCUUUGCAAAAGUAUAAUUUAGCGCAUUUUUAUAAGAAAGCCCCAGAAGAUAUAACGGUAGAUUUUGUAGAGACUUAUUCUAAAAAGGAAAUGCGAACUGCGUAUAGCGCGCUGGUUCAGGCUACGGAUUCCUUGGAUAACUUGCGUAAUAAACAUAGACUCAUAAUAGAGAAUGAUCCACGAGAAAAGGCUUCUUGCGAUUCGUUAUUGCCAAAAGUUAUUGCGUUAGAGGAAAUUUUGCGAGGCAUAGGUUUCCCUUCGGGCAUUCACACAUCUUCUGCUUUAUCUCGUAAAGACUUUGAUGCUAGCUUAUCAAGCUUCUUACCGAUUUAUAGGAAAAAUGAACAUCGUUAUUAUGCAGUAUUUGGUAAGAAAUGGAGACCGCAUUCUAAUUAUAAUCUAAAAUAUUUCACAGAAUUUCUUGAAAACCCGCUAAAGGAAUUCAAGAUAUUACUUGAUCGAAAAAAAGACCGUAAUAAACAACCUACGCACUUGAGACUUGAGAUAGAUGGACAUCUAAAAAGGGUUCUUUCCGGUGCCUGUUCAACGACUGCGAAUCCGUCAAAACCAAAACACAAUCUUACAGCUGAGAAAAAAAUACCCGCGCCCGCAAUUUCUCCAUCUUCAGAAUUUUUUAUUAAAAACGAAUCGGAUAUAGAUACCAUUAUCCAUCUUUUACAGCAAAAAUACCGAAUGCCGCGAGAAAAGUUGGAACAAUGGAGAGACAAGAUUGCGUUUGA